ACCACCAUCGAGAGAUUUUUACCGAAGAAGAGAGAAACGUUUAACCCUCGAAUAAUAGUUUUCUCCUUCCAUUUUAAUAUUUUAUUUACAUCGACAGUAUUUUUUAGCACGCAGUGGAAUUUUCCUGUAAAGAUGAAUGAGGAUAUUUUGACCACUCUGAAAAUACUGAUCAUUGGAGAAAGCGGGGUGGGCAAAUCCAGUCUUCUUUUAAGAUUUACAGAUGAUACGUUUGAUCCAGAAAUUGGUGCAACAAUUGGUGUUGAUUUUAAGGUGAAAACCCUGGCUGUGGAUGGAAACAGAGCAAAGCUAGCAAUAUGGGACACUGCAGGUCAGGAACGUUUUCGAACUUUAACACCCAGUUACUACAGAGGAGCUCAGGGUGUCAUUCUGGUGUAUGAUGUCACUAGGCGGGAGACUUUUGCUAAGUUGGAGAAUUGGUUGAAUGAGCUGGACACAUACUGUACAAGAAACGACCUUGUCAAGAUGCUUGUGGGAAACAAAAUUGAUAAGGAAGACCGUGAGAUAGAGCGAGACGAGGGUCUGAAGUUUGCUAGAAAACAUUCCAUGCUUUUCAUAGAGGCCAGUGCUAAGACGAGGGAUGGUGUUCAAUGUGCAUUUGAGGAGCUGGUGGAGAAAAUCCUGCAGACUCCUGGCUUGUGGGAGAGUGUGCACAAGACAAGAGGAGUUGCCCUGUCUGAACUCUCUCAAACUGGUCAAGGAGGCUGUGGGGGAUAUUGCUCACUUCUCUAACCCACAAACUGGUGUCUAAAUAGUGCAGGGAUGACAUUUAUUUAAAGAACUCUAUUGACGGCAUGCUCAUCGUUUGUAUUCAGGAGAGGGAUAAAAAAGCUUGAUUACUCCAUUAUACCUCAGAUCAGUUUGCUUUUUGGUUUGUAUAUUUCUCGUAAUGUUUUACUUUGUUUUGUCCCAGUGCCUGUGUUUCUUAUUUAGUGAGAGGUAAACACUCAUCAGUCUAACUCGACCUUUCAAACUGCUGGAAUGAGACCUCAGUAGAACACAGAUUUCCAUCAACAUGCCCUCGCUUGAUGUCUGCAACAUGCGGAACACCAUUCUGUCUUUAUCUGUCUAUCUUUGCAUCCCACUUUUUCCUACUGUCAGUCACUUGUUAACUCUCUUUCCUCGCUCUCGGUACAUGUAUCUGUCUUCAAUUCAGUUCUAUCUCUGUUUCUCCACGUCCCUCAGUCUCUACAGAAUAAUAGUUACCAAGGUUUUGGAUCUGUAUUUUACUACUUUUAUUGAUUUGGACCGCCCACUUAAAAAUGUGUUUUUGAAGGGUUUAUAAAUCAAACAGAUUGGCACAAUGAAUCUCUAUUACACGCAUAAACACAGGGUAAAAAAUAACUAGAAUAGAGAGGAAUC